UGGGAUCCCAGCUGAGAAUCACUCAACACCUCCUGCGCCGGUUUUAGGUCUAGCCGCACAGCCUCAGCCUGUGCUGAAGAUCCAAUUCGGACCCCGCCCCGAUCGAUGAUACGAGCGGCCUGAUAUCGACAUCAUCACUGCACCCGCCCACCAUUUCUUGCGUGUAGUACGCACUGACUAGUGGAUCGGUUCCCGCUCGUUUUACUUGGGCGACUUCUUUUCUCCUUCCUCCUACUUGCUGGCCCGGAUAUCGCCUACCAAUCCGACAUUUCUCUUUCUUCCUCGACAACGCCAUCGCCAUCACCAGAUUGCAAUUCGCCAGCGCCGGAGCAUAUUCUGAAACGUCCAGGAAGGCACACGGCAUUUAUUUUCUGCGCCUCUUGGACCUUUGCUCCGCUAAAGCGCUGUUCCCGAUUACGCGGACUUAUACCCACCUGGCAUCGCCAUCAUGGCAGCCCCCUACACCAUUCACAGUGUUCCAGGCACGCCACCGAGCCCAGAUACCCUGGAUGAGAGGCCCAUUGAAAACGACACAGCGGCACCGACGAAAAGGGACAGGCGGCUGCGCCGUCUUCAGCGUGUCUUGUCCUCACCCUCCCUCACUCGCGGGAGGUCCGCAAGCAGCUCAAUUUCACCUCCUGGCAACAUCUCCUGUGUCAGUCUAGGCUGGAACAGCUCCUCGUCCGGCCAGUCAAGUACCAGCUCCUACUUCUCCCAGGCCUCAGCGGUUGGGAGUUCCACCACGUACCCAUCGAUUCCAACCAGCCCGAUCGCCGAGUCGCCGGGCUUUGAUGGCUUCGAUUCAGCGCUUGCUAUUCGAUCGGACUCAUGUGUCCCGCAUGCAUCAACCACCCCUUCUCUACCCGUGAGAACCAAGAAGGAGCGGAAUGCAUGGAGCCUGUGGGCGGGCUUGCCGCCGGAGCUCAAGUCCCAUGUGCUUUCUUGCCUCCGGCCGAAAGAGCUCGUGCGUGUUUCGAGAGUGUCCAAGGAGUUUCACAGGAUCUGCUUCGAUGGGCAGUUGUGGACCAGCCUCGAUGCAUCCGAGUUCUACAGAGAGAUACCUGCCGAAUCACUAGCCAAAAUCAUUGAGUCGGCGGGGCCAUUCGUGAAGAACCUCAACCUCAGGGGCUGCGUUCAGGUGGAGCAUUACGAACAGGCUGCGGUGGUGGCCAUGGCAUGCCGAAAUCUUAUGAACCUCACCCUGGAGGGAUGCCGAAAUAUCCAGCGCUCGACCCUACACAGAGUACUCAAGGCCAACAACAAGCUUGUACGGCUUAACCUCACCGCGCUGCCCGCCGUAAACAACGCGACCUGCAAGAUCAUCUCAAACUCUUGCCCCGAGCUAGAAACUCUCAACGUCUCGUGGUGCAAGAACAUGGAUGCUAGGGGUGUUAGGUUCGUGGUUGAGGGGUGCCGGAAACUCAAAGAUCUGCGAGCCGGUGAGAUUAAGGGGUUCAAUAACGAGGACGUUGCGAAGGCCAUAUUCCGGACCAACAACCUCGAGCGGCUCGUCCUCCCGGGUUGUGACGACCUAAAUGAUCGCACGCUCCAACUUAUGAUUCACGGUCCGAACCCCGAGAUCGACUGGCUCACGGGCCGACCAAUCGUCCCUCCCCGAAAGCUGCGUCACCUCAAUCUUAACCGGUGUUACAGGCUUACCAACGCCAGCGUGAAGGCGCUUGGAUAUCUGGUUCCCGAUCUAGAGGGUCUGCAGCUUUCGGGCAUUACAGCUCUGUCCGACGGUGCGCUUGAGCCGAUUCUAGCUUCGACCCCCCGUCUCACGCAUCUUGAGCUAGAGGAGCUCAAUCUCAGCAAUCUCCUCCUGUCAAAGCAUCUUGCCAAGGCUCCUUGCGCGUCCGGCCUCGAGCACCUCUGCGUCAGUUCUUGCGAGCGCAUCGGAGACCCAGGGUUGCUACCCGCCAUCCGGAACUGUACCCGCCUCAGGAGCAUCUACAUGGACAACACGCUCGCCAGCGACCUCGUCCUUGCCGAAGCCGCCGCCAUGGUGCGCGAGCGGUCAGCCCUAGCCCCACGACAGCAACACAAGGCCCUCCCCACCGUCGGCCUCAGCCUGGUCUGCUAUGACUGCCAUAACAUCGGCUGGGCCGGUGUGCGCGAAGUCCUCAGUCGAAACACGGAAGCGCCGCAGCAGCUUCGAGAGGACCGCAAAGGCAAGGGAAAGGCGAUCGACCCACACAACCUGCCGACCGAAAUCAUCAGCCUAAAAUGCUAUCAUAACUGGCAGAUGACUGUUGACGAGCAUACGAAGCGGGUGCUCAAGGGGGAUAUUGCGUCCGCGAGACGGUUGGAGAGGAAGUGGGCCGAUUUCAUGCAGGCGACCGAGGAGGCGGGCGUCUCUGGGGUCGGGGCAAGGAGGAGGAGGAGGAGGGCGAGGGAAGCGCAGCAGGCGCAUGACCAGGAGGGUGCCGUGGGCUGGGCUGUCGCCACUGUUGGGGGCAGGAGGAGGGCGAGGACCACGUCGUGUGCCGUUAUGUGAUUCACAAGACGGAAGGGACUCCGUCUUCUGGGAGGCAUAUGCAUCGCAUCGGAU